GGGAUUCAGGGCCGUACAUGAAUUUUCAUCACAAGACUCUGUGACGUAAUGUGAUCAGACCAAAAUAUACCGGAAAAUUCAUUGAGAUAGUUGAAUUUCUGUCUAUUGUGACAAAACGAUAUCGUCCGGGACGAUAAUAGUAACGGACAAAAAUGGCAUUGAGUUACUCAAGAUUGUUUUGCCGCCGUGGUUUAGAUUUUCACCAUUUUCGUAGCCUCUACACGUCCAGCUCCAGGGGAAUCACAUCUUCUUUAGUCAAAUCCACUGCAGUACCCGUGUGCGAAACUCACGAUGAGAAAAAUGCUCGACUCAAGCGUCCCUUAUCGCCGCAUUUGACCAUUUAUAAGUUUGAACUGCCUGCCAUAUUUUCAAUUACUCACAGAGCUACAGGCAUGAUUCUUUCCACCUAUGGAAUGAUGUUGGCUUACGGAACGCUUUUUGUUCCGGGAGGCAUGAAUGGAAUAGUUUCAUCGAUCGAUGCUAUGUGUCUGCCAAUUCCAGUGCUUUUCUUAGCAAAAUAUUUGCUCGCGUUGCCUGCAACUUAUCAUUAUUUCAAUGGAAUGCGUCAUUUGAUAUGGGAUUUGGGACAAUUCUUGACCAUGAAAGGAGUUUACAAAACUGGUUACACGGUCCUUGCACUUACUAUUGUGUCUGCACUGGGACUCGCUGCAAUGUUCUAAGGCUAAUGCCGUCAAUUGACGAUCCUUCAAGUGCUAAAGGAUCUUGAAUCGAACUUCGGAUGUUAUAAAUCAAGAAGAAUUUGUACAUCCCGUGUUUAAUAGAUAAAGUUAUUUAUUAGUCUUUUCUCGGA